GGAGUAACAGCUUAGAGGGAUGGUGCCUGCUUGCCAGGACCUCAGUGAGGGCUCAGCAAGGGCUACAACUGAGAACUAUGUCUUUUCGACUUUGUUAUAAGCUGGACAGAGACAGAAAAGUUACAUCCAUCCUUUCUCCUUCUCUUACCCUGUACGGUGUCAGGGCUGCUGCAUGCAACAGUCUUCAGUGAGAGGCUUUGGACCUCCUUCUGUUCAAGCUUUCCUGGAGGACCUCACGGGUGUUUCAGGCUGCAGGAAAAUGUACUGGGGAAAUCACGUUAGGAUCCUUUUCACUGUGACUCUGGUCUGCCAGGCAGCUCAUUUAGGAAAAGCUACUCUUUUCUUUCCCAUUCGCACUUUGUGUCAAGGCCGUGAAAAAGAAGAACGUGAAGAAGAUUUGAAAAAUGUCAAUGUCACAGCAAAAAAGCCACAGCCUAAGAACGAGGGGACUGUUAUAAAUGCUCUCAGUGACAUGAAUCAGAGUUACGAAAGCAGAAAGCUACAAAAUUCCGGGGCAUUUGUACCUUUCACUGGGAUUACAGAGAGUAAAAAACUGAACAGACACUGCUGCCAAAAUGGAGGGACCUGCAUCCUUGGGGCUUUCUGUGCCUGCCCAAAGCAUUUCACCGGCAGAUACUGUGAAUAUGAUGAGCGGCAAAGCAACUGCGGUGGCAUUGCCCAUGGUGCCUGGGUGCUGAAGGGCUGUUGGCUGUGUCGGUGUGGCUAUGGUACUCUGAACUGUCUCACAGAAAUAAUGCACAAUAACUGUGAACUGAAAUCAGAAAAGGAGGAAUUUACCAGACUAUAUUCUAACGGGCAAAGAUUACGGCACACAGUGUUUGCACUCGCUUGCCUGCUCUCUGUCCUCCUGGAGCUCUGCUGCUGGCAGUUGUGAAACUGGAAAACAGGAAGUAUCUUAGGAUGGAUGUAACCCUCACCAUGAGUCGUGCAAUUUUUUUCUCCUGUGACUUAUGGAAGAUAAUUCUACCUACAUAUUGGAGGCAGAUUAAGAUGUAUUAGUUGAUGCUGAAACGUUUGGAUUGUUAUAAAUUAAGAUUAUAUUAAUGUGAAGUAUUUAUUAUUUUAUUGCUACUAUCAAUGUCUGAUUAUAAUGAUUCUCUAGUUCUAAAAUACUCUUCUUCCAGUGGAAGCAAAAUACCCAAAUGUUCUGUGCCUUAAGUAUUGUAAAUUAUAGUAAUUUUCUUUGUACUCAGUACAACUACUUUAACAAAUAAAGCUGAUUUCAUGUCUGAAGAGCUUUUUUAUUUGGCUUUAUUUAAACUUGACAAUUCUUAUCUACUAAUUGUAAUUGCAUUGUAUCCUGUAACAAAACAGUAAGAAAAGGGCAGGGUAGAAUGAAUAAUCUGAAAUUUAAAGAGAUAAGGAGGGAUAUAAGAAUCCAUUUUAAACCCUAAUAUACAGAAGAACUCAAAAAGUUAUAUAGUCUUUCAGUUUUUAUUAUUACUUAUUAUAGUUAAACUGUACGCAUGCAUAAUCUUUGGCAGGAAGCACCUUUUUCUUAACAACACAUACCUGACACUUAUUUGACUUAUGGGGGUUUAUUUUGCUUCCUAGAAAUAUGAGCUCUUCUUCUCAAAAGGACAAUAAAGAACAACCUAUUUAAACUUUUUCUU